GAUCAACACUGUGAUCGCGUCUAUAUCCUACGUGUGAACCACUACCCUUCACAUGCCGCCGAAAAACAUGACACGGGACUGCCUGCGCAUGCCGUAUCCUAAUUUCCACGUAAUGUGACAAAGUACUGCAUGAGCGAAAAGAAGAUAUAUUUCCUUUCCUUUACAUUGCUGGAGUUUGGUGUAUGGUAUUAAUGUAAGUGGAGUUACCCCUAGUGUACAACCAAGAUCGAAGGGCGUCGGAAAAAUUACUGGAGCCACUUUUAUUUCAGACUCAAGUUAUAAAAGCGAAUUUAUCCCAAGGAGGGUUAUGUAAUGUAUUUCAUGUAAAUACGUAGAAUAUCAAAAUUAGGACUUUAAUAAAUUAAAGCGAGGAAAGCGAAUGUUUUAUUCUCACACAGAUCACUCGGUUAAAGCCGAAAACGACAUAAAUAUGUUCACCGAAAAUUUGUAACUCUACGCCGCUUUGAAUGUUUGAAUCAUGUCUUUCUUUUUGGUCUGCUAUGAAUAUUGGAAGGGGCUUUUUUGUAGCCAUAAAAAAGAAAUGAUUCGGUAGAAAGGUCAAGUCAAAGUAAAAUGUUGUUAGUACUGAAAGGGGGCGACAAUUCUUUAAUUGUAGCUCUCCUGGGAACAUCUAGCCAUUGCCAGGUGACCGUAAAUCACUAAUAGGAGCGCGCGUUAGAUUCGACUAAGCUCCACUUACAUAAGCAAAAUUAGUCAUCAAAUGAAAUUUUUAUGGAACAUAAGAGCGAUUUUCGCUUGCCAGAGAAGAUUUCGUAUGAGAUGUUUAAAUAAAAAAAGAUUACGAUAAUGGGAAAUUAACCUUAAAUCCUGUACGUAAUAUGGUACAUAUCGACACAUUCCCGGUAUGCUCUGAGAUCACGGUACAAUUUAAAAUCUAGCAAAACUCUCCCUUAAACGCCUUUUUUCCUUUAACACACCUCAGGCAAUUUGUAAGAGCAAUUAAGCAGUUUUAUCAACUUCUGUUGCGUAACUGAAGCUUAUUAUAAAUCGUUUGCUGUGGUAAGGACACCGCCACACCUUCUUGACUCAUGGUUCAGUUGUUAAAAUCAUAAAGCUAAAAAUGAACAGAGCGAUUUAAUCCCUGCAAUUUCAAAUCCUGAAAACUGAAAGAAUAGUUGACUGAAAGAAAUAUCAGGCUGAUUAACCUAAAGAUGUAUACCGCAAAAAAAAGAGGUUCUGUCCUCUCGUUGCUUUUACUGGCACCCGCAUUAACCAGCAAACCACCCGCAAGCAGUCAUCAUUUAUCUGAUACGCACUUGAACUUGCACGUAGGUUUGAUAACUUAUUCAUCGCGUUUGACAAUAAACAGUUCAUAAUCCUUGUUCACAGCUAGACUAAAUUACUCCGUUCUACAUAUCACAGUAAUCUCAAGGUUCGCAUCCUAAAAGAAAAGUAUGACUGAAAAGGCUCCCGAGGAAACCAAGGAAAUCAACGAUGACACUCAACCCGACCAACAGAGCAAAGAAGGUUGUUGUGCUAUCAACAAGGUUUAUUUGGUAUCCAAAGGGUUCUACUUUUUCUUCUUCUCUGCCCAAGGGUCGCUGUUGCCAUAUCUGGCUCUCUUCUUUAAACAACUCGAGUUGCCCGCUAGUCAAAUCGGUGCCAUUACGGGAAUGAAGCCUUACAUCGCUUUCUUCUUCAUUCCAUUUUGGGGGUGCGUUGCUGAUCGAUUCAAGAAAGGAAAGCUGUUGUUUGUUGUAGCUAUGAUUGCUGUUAUUUUAGGGAUGGUCGCCUAUGCUCUCGUUCCAAUCAAUAUUUGCGAGACUGAAUCGACUGCAAGUGUCAGUCGCCGAGCCAUACCAAGGGGAUUUGAUGGUAGCUCAUAUUCCAAACACGUCAGAAGCGCCAUACAACAUGCGUCAUUUCCGUUCCAUCGAGCCGACGAAAGACCAACACGGAACAUGAAAACAACGCCAGAAGACGACGCUCAAUUACAUAAAAAGUCAAAACUGAAAAGAGGAAAACUAAUAAAUGAGUGGAGACACUCCCAUAUAUCUAAAUUGAUUAGAAAAGUUUCCUCGAUGGAAGAAACAAUGAAGUUGGAUGGUUUCAACAAGAAUUUGAAACUGGUAAGAUUUAACGUGAAAACCGGCCGAAGAGCUCGACAAGGCUCAAACAACACGACGUCCUUGGACGGCGUUUCGGAAAUGGCAGAUGAAUCUCUCGAAGAAACUCCAUGGUCUCAAUCAGAUAUGAUCGCCCUACAGGGUCAGAAAUCUAAAAAGACCCCUUCAAGAAAAAACACUUUUAUCUUUCUUUACUUGCUUCUUGCAACAAUCUUCACAACCAUACUGUCGUGUCCAAGUCUUACACUCGCAGACACUGCUACUGUAAACCUGCUGAAGCAGAAUGAUGAGACGCAUAAGUAUGGUAAGCAGCGAAUGUGGGGAUCUGUUGGCUACGGAUCUAUGGCGUUUCUUGUCGGCUCUGCCGUCAGCCGCACCCACCUUUGUCCUCCCGGAAGCGCCAGGCGGAAGGACGUGAACUACUAUCCAUGCUUCGCAAUGUAUGUGGUUUAUAACAUCAUUGCUUUAGUUAUAGGAUCCAGAUUUGAGUUUAACAAUAAUGGUAAAACGGACACGCAAGAAACCAACGAUGACGGUCAUCAAAGUAAAGAAGAAGCUGAAAGCAGAACCAAAGGUAUAAUCGCUGGACUAAUCCUCCUCACACGACCAAGACAUGCCAUGUUUUUAGUAACCGCGUUCUAUGUCGGCAUCACAAUGGGUUUUAUCCGGGUGUUUCUCUUUUGGCACUUGAAAGACUUAGGUGGCACUCAGAUUCUUUUCAGCAUCAUGACAGCAAUUAACUGUGUUGCUGAAGUGACGCUGUAUUUCCUUUCUACCAAAUUGAUUUCCUAUCUCGGCACCAUAAGAGUGCUCUACCUUGGCUUGACAUGUUACUCCAUACGAUUAUUCUACUAUGCAUCUGUCUCCAACCCUUGGACUGUUCUCCCUGUGGAACUGUUGUCUGGUAUCACUACAGCUGCUGUUUGGGCCGCCAUGAUGUCUUACGUGGGAACUCAUUCUGUUAAGGGUGCUUCUGUAACACUGCAAGGUAUUUUACAUGGCGUCCACUGGGGUCUUGGUCACGGAUCAGGGGAGCUCAUUGGUGGUUUUCUGAUAAGUACCUUUGGUGCUCCCACCACAUUUUCCAUAUUUGGAGCAAUUUGCCUCGUGCUGAUGGGCACUUAUAUUCUAGUAAACAUCCUAACAAAUGGCUCUGAUGAAAAAGAAGGUUCAGCAGAGUAAAAUGGAUAACAUUGGA